AAAGUAACGGAGUUUUAUUUGCUUGGUUACUGUGAUAUUGUGCAUUUUCUCGUCUAGUUUUCUUCAGCAUUCAACAAACCUCUUCACCCUCUCUAUCUUCCAAUCCCAUUUUUCAUUCCCUGUCGUCUUUCUUUGCUUUCUCAUCCUUUUCCUUUUCCCAAGCAAUUGUACUCUUUAGGGGCAUAAUACACGUAAAGCAAGUUGGUUUCUGGAGUAGUUAGAGUUACAUGUGUUUUGCAGGCACAUGGCAAUAUAUGAACUGGAUCCCGAUGUUGUUCGCUGGGGUCUUCAUCUCCUAGAUGAUUGCACACUUUCCCACCAUUAUUCGCCUAGUAUUGUAACUCAAUAUGAUCCUGAUUUAAGUCAAGUUGAAUAUGUUACAGAAGGCUUUUGUCAGCAUCAGUAUGUGGAUAGUGACGAGGCUGUUGCACAAGCUUAUCAAGAAGAAUUAUGGCAACUUGAUUCCAUGGUAGCUUCUGGGAUAUCCAAUUUUGAGAAUGAAGGAAUGCAAGGAUCUGUUUAUACACAAGAUUGGCCUCAGUCUUCAAAUGGAAAUGAUAACUUAGGCAAUGAAUCUUGCCAGAACUCUGUAGGUGAGUCCUAUAAUAUGAAAGAAGUGGGGAAUUAUGGUCCAACUCCAAGUGAAAGAAAAAAUGACGUGCAUGAAAAUGAUGUUUGUGGUUCGUCUUCUGGAUCAGUAGAGGUACCUGCUACUGCUACUAGUGAUGACUUCUGGGAUUCAUUGGAAAUAUCGGAUGAAUCUCUUGAUGGUGAAGUUGGCAAAAGAUUAAACCAGAUGGUUCCCAUUCCUCAUGUUCCUAAAACCAAUGAAAAAAUACCAUCUGAUGACGAAGAAAUAUCAGAUCAUCAAAGACUUCUAGACAGAUUGCAGUUAUAUGAUCUGAUUGAAUGCAAGGUUCAAGGAGAUGGUAACUGCCAGUUUCGUUCUUUAUCAGAUCAACUCUAUCGUUCUCCGGACCACCACAAAUUUGUGCGGGAGCAAAUUAUUCAACAGCUCAAAUAUUACCCAGAUCUGUAUGCUGGUUAUGUUCCCUUGGCGUAUAGUGACUAUUUGAGAAAUAUGAGCAACUUUUUGUGUGGAUGUACCAGAAGUGGCGAAUGGGGUGAUCAUGUCACAUUGCAGGCUGCUGCAGAUUGGUAUGGCGUCAAAAUUUUUGUUAUUACGUCUUUUAAGGAUACAUGUUACAUCGAGAUUCUUCCACAGAUACAGAAGUCUGAAAGAGUGAUAUUUCUGAGCUUUUGGGCAGAGGUGCAUUACAACUCAAUUUAUCCAGAAGGAGAUUCAGAAUUGCCCUCAUCUCAUACAAAGAAAAAGAAGAAAUGGUGGAAUUUUGCUGGCUAGGUUCAGUGUCAGUCAUUGGAUGCAACCAAUCACUCUUCAGUCCAUGAUUAUGAUCGAUCCAUCGGCUGUGAUUAUUGAGCUUUUAAUGUUUUAGUGUUGUUGCUAACACUAACUCUGCCUCCAUUAUUUCGUAUAUAUUAUUUUCUUUUUCUGUAUAGUAUUCUUUUGUAUAUAUUAUUUAUUUAUCCUAUUUAAAACAAAACCGGUAUGUAAAAAAAAAAAAUCAGCCCGGAAUAACAGUGAUUAAAACCCUACUUUUUUUUAUAGCUAGGUCUCAAUCAAAUGUAUUUUUUAUAUUAUUUGAUUUUUUUAAUGUUCAGAAUAUGACGAUAACCUAGAAAUUUUAUUGAAAA